AUGCCUUUAAUCUAUAAUCCCUCAUUUAAUGAAGCAUCUUACUUAAAAAAGAUUAAAAAAAAGCAAACAUCUCUUGAUCAUUCUUCAUAUCGAGUCACAGUACGACGAAUAACUGCACCACAUAUUGCUGCGGCUGCAGCUGAAGCUUAUCGAAUGAAUAAAAAUAAAGUUUCGAAUACAAUUUAUUAUGGACAAUUUAAUCAAACAGUAAUGAGUAAUCAUGAACAAUAUAGAAUGACAAAAAAAUAUGAAAAAGAUUCUCUCAAUUCUAAUAAUGAAAAACUUCCAUCAGUACCUUUUAAGAAAAUUUUAACCAUCAAUAAUGGUAUUCAAGUGAGCAGUACUAGUUUAAUUACAACAACAACAAUUGAUGAUCAACAAAAUUUUAUUAGUGAUAAUAUUGCAGAGAAAAAUUAUUCUGAGCAUGAUAUAAAGCAAUCGCAAACGUUCAAUGAAUUAUUAUCAUCUAUGAUACAAACAGAUCAAUCAACUAAUGAUAGGUUAGCUUUAUUUAAACCUCAUGCAGCAUCGAUAAAUGUCAAAGCCAUCACUUCGACCUUACCAUUUCAUCCAAUAACAAUUAGCCCUCCUAGAAUGAAAGAUCAUAGCCUUCAAUUAUGA